CCUCCUCCACCACCACCACGUCCACCGCCCUCCGAAUCGUAACGGCCGAAGUCCCCGCAGCCAACCGCCUAAAAACACGAGAACCUCAAACCUCGGAACUAUCAGGAAUCAUAGCAUUCUUGCCGUUAAACUGAAACUGCUUUUUGUUUUUUUGAUUUUUUUAAUCUUUCCUCUCACGCUAUUUGCAACCCGAGAUCACACCUAUAAGCACCAAAAGCUUGGAUUCGCAGAAAGUGCUUUUCCGCGUGAUUCCCAGCUCCUGAACGGCUUUUCUCUUCAGCAGAUCUUGCUCGGGCUAUAUGAGGCUAUAAGUAUGCGGUUUCUGCUGUUCAAUGGUCAAUGUGGUCUGUGAAUUCGAAUUGAAAUGCAGCGGAAAGUGAGAUGUUAUUGAGAGAGAUAAAGCGUUUCCAUCUUACAGCAGCUUUGGGCCGUGAGUUGCAAGCGCUACCCAUCUAUUGAUAUGAUCAGCUAUCGCUUUCUACUUGCAGUUCAUUUUUCCGUGAAUGUAUAGUCAGAAGCUUGUAAAUAACAUGGGAAUCCUUUCGCGCAGUGCGGGUGGUAGGAAACCAAAUGAGACCAUGAGGCUUAUUGUGACAACUUUUGUAGGAGUAGUUUUUGGGUUCUUGAUAGGUGCAUCCUUUCCAACAUUGUCACUAACAAGGCUGAAUCUCUCAUCCAGCCUUCAUCCAACUAUUGAUCUGUCAUACAAUGAGGACCUGAAAUCAGACAUCUCCAGCCAAGCACUUCUAAGUUCUUGGUCUUCUGCAAGGAGUAAAAAUAGCACAAGUCAAGAUCAGAGUUCGAAUGGCACAUCGAGGAUUUGGGUGCCAUCAAAUCCCAGAGGUGCAGAAAUGCUACCACCAGGAAUUGUUGCAGCUGAGUCAGACUUCUACUUGCGCAGAUUAUGGGGCAAUCCUAAUGAGGACGUGACUAUCAAACCAAGGUACCUUGUGACAUUCACUGUGGGUUUGAAUCAGAAAAGGAAUAUUGAUGCGGCAGUGAAAAAGUUUUCAGAGAACUUUACGAUUCUCCUUUUUCAUUACGAUGGCCAAACAACUGAAUGGGAUGACUUGGAGUGGUCUAAGCGUGCUAUACAUAUUAGUGUUCGUAAGCAGACUAAAUGGUGGUAUGCCAAGCGGUUUUUGCAUCCUGACAUUGUGGCCUCAUACGACUACAUAUUUAUCUGGGAUGAAGACCUGGGAGUAGAGCAUUUUAAUUCAGAAGAAUACAUUAGACUAGUGAGGAAGCAUGGUUUGGAGAUUUCACAACCUGGUUUGGAACCCAACAAAGGUUUAACAUGGCAGAUGACAAAGAGGAGAGGCGAUCGUGAAGUUCACAAACAAACAGAGGAGAAACCGGGCUGGUGCACUGACCCACUUCUGCCUCCAUGUGCAGCCUUUAUUGAAAUCAUGGCUCCAGUAUUUUCUCGAAGUGCCUGGCGCUGUGUGUGGCAUAUGAUUCAGAAUGACUUGGUCCACGGCUGGGGUCUUGACUUUGCCCUGAGAAAAUGUGUAGAGCCUGCGCAUGAUAAGAUCGGUGUUGUAGAUUCUCAGUGGAUCAUUCAUCAAACUGUUCCUUCAUUGGGGAGCCAGGGUGAAUCAGAAAAUGGAAAGGCGCCAUGGCAAGGGGUAAGGGAAAGGUGCAGAAAGGAAUGGACGAUGUUUCAAAUGCGAGUAUCAAAUGCAGAAAAUGCGUACUUUAAGGCUAUCGGGGCAGAUCCCUCAACUUCAAAGGCCCAUUAGGGGAAACAGCAGCGAUGACAGAGGUACUGUACACAAUCGACGACUCAGGACCACCAUGUCGAUUGGUGUUUUACAUAAAUUUGUAAAAUCCGUUACGAUUUGUGAUAUUCAUUAAUUGACCAAAUCGCAGAAUUAGGUCCUUGAGUAAAAACACAGCGUCGAUUAAAUCGUCCUUUAGAAUUUCGGUGCUUUAGUGACAACUCCUCUGACUCGGUGUAACAUAUUCUUAUUAGGAUUCGUAUCAUUACUACUGUA